AUGGCCGGCACCGAAACUCUGGAAGCCUGCUUUGAGCGCAUUACCGUCAAUGACGAAAAUGAAGAGCAAUAUAGCUCGCAGACGACAGCUUACCACAAAUCAAAAGGCUCCCUCUCUACGGGCAUGACCCUUACCAGCCUCUCCGCUUCCACCACGACCUCCACCGCGCGCCUCAAGCUUCCCCUCCAGAAGCUCCCCAACACGAACACUAUUAAGACGGCCAAUGCAACCGUCACGAAAGUCACACUACCCUCGCAAGCCGCCCAACACCUCCGCACCGAACCCCGCAGCUCCGACGACGCGCUCGCCCUCCAACAAGCCACACACCGCUCCGAUCCGCCUCUCUAUACCCAACCUACUCUCCCCAAGCAGUUCAGUCUGGGCAUGUUCGAGAUCGGCAAGCCCCUAGGCAAAGGAAAAUUCGGGCGCGUAUACCUCGCACGCGAGCGCAGCACCGGUUUUGUGUGUGCCCUCAAAGUCCUGCACAAGUCCGAGCUCGCGGCCGGCAAGGUCGAGAAGCAAGUCCGGCGAGAAAUCGAGAUCCAGUCCAACCUCGCGCACCCGAACAUCUUGCGCCUCUUCGCGCACUUCCACGACGCGAAGCGCAUAUUCCUGGUGCUAGAGUUCGCGGGGAAGGGUGAGCUGUACAAGCACCUGCGGAAGGCGGGACGGUUUGACGAAGGGAGGGCGGCGGGGUAUAUCGCGCAGAUGGCGAAGGCGUUGAGGUAUUUGCACGGGAAGCAUGUCAUGCAUCGGGACAUCAAGCCUGAGAAUAUUUUGGUGGGGUUGAUGGGGGAGAUCAAGAUUAGCGACUUUGGGUGGAGCGUGCAUGCGCCGAAUAAGAGAAGGAAUACGAUGUGUGGGACGUUGGAUUAUUUGCCGCCGGAGAUGAUCAAGCCUGGUUCAAGCGAGAAUUUCUACAACGAGAAAGUCGAUCUCUGGUCGCUGGGCGUGCUAACAUACGAGUUCCUGGUUGGAGAAGCGCCAUUCGAAGAUACUCCAGUCAUGACGCAGCGGAAGAUUGCAAGGGGUGAGUUCAGUGUCCCGGGAUUCGUGAGCCCCGAGGCCAAAGACUUGAUCAAACGAUUGCUUGUGCUCGAUCCCGAGAAGCGAAUUUCGCUCGAUGACGUGCAGAAGCAUCCUUGGAUCGUCAAGCACUGCAUCAAGGGCGAGCGAGCGACGAUGAGAGAGUCUGGUGGAAAGUGA